AAAAGGGCGGGUAUCGCAGAUGGAGAAUCUUACAACGUAAAAAAUGAAACUUGGCCAGUACCUUCCUGUCUGGCCAAGUUUCAUUGUGUUGAGCUGUUCAUUUCUAGGCUUUUAGGAAGGUAUUCCAAAAUGAGAUUUAAAGUAGGAUUUUUCUUACGGGGUUUAUUUGUCAUUGUUACGUUUCUCGUAUUAGCGGUGUUGUGGUCUUCAUUAACCAAAUUGAGCGCAGGGAAUCACUUUGGAGAAAGGGUAGAUGCAUUACUGCCCCAAGAAGACCCAGUAUACCAUUUUAAGCCUGUAAUACCUUGGCCACAUGUGGAAGGUAUUGAAGUUGACCUCAACUCAACCAUACUGAAGCAUGCAUGGGGCAACCAUGUGCAGACUCCCAAGGUGCAUCCAAAUGAGAAGCAGGCCAUCCACCAACAGUAUGCAACGUUUCGACCCAACGUCCACUAUUACAAUGCCCCCAUCCUCAAGAAAGGAGUUCUCGGAAACUUUGAACCCAAAGCACCUGAGCCUCUAGGUUUUCCGGGUGGCCUAGGAGAAGGAGCUAAGCUAUUUGUUCUGGGCCCAGAAUACAAAGAAGCCAUCCAUGCAUCCAUCAAAGAGUUUGGCUUCAACAUGGUUGCGAGUGAUAUGAUAUCAUUGGACAGGACCAUUCGAGAUAUACGUCAUGAAGAGUGCAAGUACUGGCAUUAUGAUGAAAGACUCCUGACCUCCAGUGUGGUGAUAGUCUUCCAUAAUGAAGGCUGGUCUACCUUAAUGAGAACCAUCCACAGUGUCAUCAAGAGGACUCCCAGGAAAUACUUAGCUGAAAUUGUCAUGAUAGAUGACUUCAGCAAUAAAGUCCAUUUGAAGGAACGUUUGGAGAUCUACGUUAAGCAGUGGAAUGGUCUGGUGAAACUUUUCAGAAAUGAGAAGAGAGAAGGCCUCAUCCAGGCACGAAGUAUUGGAGCAAAGAAGGCGACAAAGGGACAGGUGCUAAUAUACUUGGAUGCUCACUGUGAGGUUGGGAUCAACUGGUAUGCUCCAUUGGUUGCUCCAAUUUCAGAGGACAGGACGGUGUGUACUGUUCCUUUGAUUGACGCUAUCCAUGGGGAGAUGUUCACCAUUGAGCCCCAGGGUGGAGGAGAUGAAGACGGCUUUGCUAGAGGAGCCUGGGAUUGGAGCAUGCUGUGGAAGAGAGUUCCUCUGAACGACAGGGAAAAGAAAAUGAGAAAAACACGGACAGAGCCAUAUAGGUCUCCAGCCAUGGCAGGGGGUCUAUUUGCUAUAGAGCGUGACUACUUCUUUGAACUGGGCCUAUAUGAUCCUGGAUUGCAGAUAUGGGGAGGAGAAAAUUUUGAAAUAUCAUACAAGAUAUGGCAGUGUGGUGGCAAACUGCUCUUUGUCCCGUGCUCUCGUGUUGGGCAUAUAUACAGACUUAAAGGUUGGCAAGGCAAUCCUCCCCCUGCACAUGUUGGUUCCUCACCUACGCUGAAGAAUUAUGUUCGUGUAGUGGAAGUAUGGUGGGAUGAAUACAAGGACUACUUCUACGCCAGUCGUCCUGAAACACUAACCCUUGCCUAUGGAGACAUAAGCAAGCUGAAACAAUUCAGGCAAGAACAUCGUUGCAAGAGCUUCAAAUGGUUCAUGGAGGAAAUAGCUUAUGACAUCCCAUUACACUAUCCCCUGCCUGCAAAAAAUAUUGAAUGGGGAGAGAUUCGUGGCUUUGAGACGGGUUACUGUAUUGACAGUAUGGGACAUACAAAUGGAGGCAAUAUUGAAACUGGACCAUGCCACAGAAUGGGCGGCAAUCAGCUGUUCCGAAUCAAUGAAGCCAACCAGCUGAUGCAGUAUGACCAGUGUCUGACCAGAGGAGGUGAUAAUUCAGCUGUCAUUAUCACUCAUUGUGACCAGAACCAAUACACUGAAUGGAGGUAUUUCAAGGAUCUCCAUCGCUUCACUCAUGUACCAACAGGCAAAUGUUUAGAUCGCUCAGACUUGCUCCACAAAGUGUUCAUAUCAAACUGUGACACCAGUAAAACGACUCAAAGGUGGGAAAUAAACAACAUCAUGGCUGUAUAAAGACUGCUCAACUCAUGGACUACACUGAAGGACAUAGAUAAGCACCAAUUAUAGAAUGCAUUCAUGCAUGCUUUGACUGGGAUGUGGUCGUUUAGAUCUGAGCCUUUUGUGUGUCAAAAAAUAUGGCAUCUCCUCCUCACUACCGCUAGAAAAAAAGUAAUUCUGGGUGAUUGAUAAAGGUUACAGGUUAAGAAUAUUUACCAGCCUGUUAUGUGCUUGAAAUGCCUUUCCUUUGACUGUUAUAUGCUACUGUGUGGCACUGGGUCUCGCAUAAAAUGAUUAGUUUUCUUUGUUUUGUUUUUAAUAAAAGAACAAUUGCACUUUUUAUCUUAUUUUUGGCCCAUAACUUGACUCUUUAUAAGUGGAAGAAGAUGGAUGGACAACCUUUUACCGUCAUUUUCGGACUAUAAGUCGCGUUUUUUUUCAUAGUUUGGGUGGGGGGGGGCGACUUAUACUCAGGAGCGACUUAUAUAUGUUUUUUUUCACACAUUUUCACUUGAUCAUUAACACAUCACUUACUUACAAGUAUAGUUGACCACUUCACAUGUUAUUUUUAGUAUAGUUGAUCACUUCACAUGCUUUGAUAUCUUUAUCUUGAACAUAUUAAAAACAUGAAAAAUAGAGAGAAAAAAUCAAAUAAAGUAAUUAACACUUUAAAGCGCCAUAUCCUCUGGACAUGUCCUCUGUCACCAGCAUGACAUAAAGAAAGAGAAAUUUGAUCGAUGGAUUUAAUGAUUUGGAGUGACACAAAUGGUUUGAUAAUAUUGUUGUUUAUGUCAAAGUUAUUUAAAAUAUAGUUUAUAUAUCGUUGUAUGGGCCUGUGGAAUAAUUUGAACUGCGGCGCGGCACACGGCAUUGUUGACAAAGGAGGAUCGGUGGAUUUAAUGAAUUGGAGUGACACAGAUGGUUUUAUAAACGUGUGAUUUAUGUAAUAGUUUUUUAAACAACUGAAUGUUACGUCAGGCCCGUUCUCAGCUCCUCGUUUGUGUUUGUCACGUUAGCAUACCGUAUCGUUUAGCCUGUUGUUGCUCGUUCAUGUCUGUUCUUGGUUUUGGAUUUUAUCGAAUGAUUUGCCCCCCAAAAUGCGACAUACUCCGGAGCGACUUAUAUAUGUUUUUUUUUCACAUUUUUGGGCAUUUUAUGGCUGGUGUGACUUAUACUCCGGUGCGACUAAUAGUCCGAAAAUUACGGUACUCCUCAAAAUUGCAUAAUCAGUAAAGUAUCACUUUAAUGGGAUAAACAUACUGAGAGGAUGCCAAUUUUGAGCCAUUUCCUUCCUAUGAAAUCAAAUUUAGCAAAAGCCUGAAUUUCUAACGCCUCUGAUAACAUUUAAGCAAUUAUUUUAAGAUGGUGUUUGUUUUGAAAGUAACUUUUUUUUCCAUCCAUGAUCUGCUAGAAAAAUUGCUUGUGGUGACCAGUCAUAAAUAUUAAAAGAUUUCAAUAAUCUAA